GUCAAGAUAGUUACACCACAGUUAGUGUCGAGUGAGGGGUAGCAGUUGGGGGAGGUCUCUAUUAAUGCAGGCUUCAUGUGCCCCUUUUACAACACAUGCCGAGUGUUGCACAAGAAAUCCGUAAAUCUACCCAAUAGGAAGGAAGAUAAGCUGCUCUUACUGCAUAGUUUCAUCCAUCGGUGAAGUGACCGAAGAGCAAAGAGAUGAAAACGGCACAAGCUCCAGCUUCAGGAGAAGUCCACUGCGGGGCUCGCCUUGGCGGGCCGCUGCAGCGGGGUCGGGACAGUUCCACAUCCAGGUCAGGGUUAUAGCGGAGACUUUCGAGACACAGGGUUAUGCACCAGUCCCUUGCAAAGUGAGGCUCCAAAUCGCCAACCUGAGUCCCACCUUGGCUUCGUUCCCCAAUCUGGAAACGACGUCAGCGCCCACCCGCCAACCGCGACACGUACGACGACGACGACAACGACUCAACUAUCACCACCCUUUACCCCAACUUUAGCACAUUCAUCGCUCACCCAUAACACCGGCGGGAGGGGGGCGACACUGUCCACUCAAUCCACCACCAAUCUCCUCCCAACCUCAGCGCAAACCACCACCAAAAUGGAAACCUUCCGCUCCCUCUUCACCAAACCCGACCCUCAAGCACAGGUGCGCAAAUGCAACGCCCUCCUCCGCCAAAACAUCCGCCGCAUCGACCGCGACAUCCUCAACGCCCGCGCAAUCGAAACCAAAACCAAAAACCUCAUCCUCGCAGCCGACAAACGCGCCCAACGCCUCGGCCCAAACCACCAGCAAACCAAGCAAGCCCAGCGCGAAAUCCGCGACUUCGCCCGCGAGCUCGUCAAGCGCCGCAAGGAGACCAACCGUCUCCACACCUUCAAAGCCCAGCUCACCUCCGUCCAAAUGCAAGUCAAUGAAGCAUUCGCCCUCCGCAAGAUAGAAGGGAGCAUCAAAGCCAGCGUCGGCAUCAUGAAGGACGUCAACACCUUGAUUCGCCUGCCCGAGUUGGCGGGGACGAUGCAGGAGUUGAGUGUGGAGUUGAUGAAGGCGGGGAUUAUAGAGGAGAUGGUCGGGGAUGCGCUGCCCGAGACGGAGGUGUAUGAAGAAGAGGAGGAGGAGGCUGAGGAGGAGGUGGAGAAGGUGUUGGGUGAGAUCUUGAAGGAUAGGAUGGACAAGACGGGUGCGCUGCCUAGUGCGCCGCUGCCGCAGAAGCAAAAGCAGCAGCAGCAACAGGUGGAGGAGGACGAAGAGGAGGAUACAGAGGCCAUGAUGGACCAGAUGAGGAAUCGGUUGGAGGCGUUGAGGAGUUGAUCUGUGGUCACAAAGCCAAGUUGGUGGAGGAGAGGGUGACAAGGCAUCAAAAUGCUUGGAGUGUGCGGGUGGGGAGCUCUUGAUUUAUGUCUCAACAUGGGGAAUGGGUUAAUGUCUGGCGUUGUAGGUGUUAUGUUUCAUUGGCAGAGAUGGCUGCUUUGCGGUCUUGUCUACAUACAGUUUGUUUUCCAAGUACAUUUUCUGGAUCUGCCUGUCUUCGUGAAGUAGAAUAAGAGAAACGCACAGGAACCAAGGUCGGCUGAACUACUCAUAUAGCCCCCAGGUUCUGUCACUCGGAGAUUCAUGUACCUUACG